GCUGUUGAUGCACCCAGAUCUGUGUCCCCAGUCUGUUUUCCUGGUUGGGCCUCCACGGUGAUAGGAGGGGACUGAGAGAAGCAGGUUGCCUAACUGGCUGCCAACCGAAGGACUCAUUCCAAGGUCCAGGAGCCUCGGCUCUGGAGAUAGCAUUGGUGAGUUUGGGGAUUUGGGUUCCUGGCUGUGUCUAUCAUUAACUUGGCAUCACUUCUGGGAUUGAUUUUAACUCCUCUCUUAAAGAAGUCAUAUUUCCCCAAGGUUUUAACUUACUUUGUGGGCUUGGCCAUUGGUACUCUCUUUUCUAAUGCAAUUUUCCAGCUCGUUCCAGAGGCAUUUGGGUUUGACCUGAAAGUAGAUAACUAUGUUGAGAAAGCUGUUGCAGUGUUUGGAGGAUUCUAUAUUCUCUUCUUUGUGGAAAGGAUUCUUAAAGUGAUACUAAAGCUCUACAACAAGGUAAUGAAACCUAUCACUGACUGAACGAGCCUUGCCUUAAAGUACCUGUCAUAUUUUGUGAAAUACUUGCUAGAUGAAUAAAAUGGGGGGAGGGGGUGUUUCUAUUUUAUCUGAGGAAUUCAGCCUUACUGUGUGUUCUGAUAUAUCUGUUUAAAACCCAUAUGAAUAGGGGAAGAAAUCUCACUUUUUUGAGGGAGUUACAAGCAGCUCUGGGAAUGGAAUCCAGAUGUGAGUGUGAUCUGCUCUCUUUGGUAUAUGCUCCAGUUGCUCUCAACAGCCAAGUUGUUGCUGUGAUAGCUGAACACACCAGAAAGACGUGGAAAUAUGUGAGAGGUGGAGAGAAUGAAGCCUGCCUGUUGAGCUCCUCUUUGGGCAGGAGAAAUCAGUGUGACAAAUACACCUUGGUCAUCUGCGAAGGGCAGCUGUGCUGAUAGGGCCGGAUUUUGGCCUUCAGUAACUUCAGCUCUGUUUCCCCAAGCUCUGGUACAUAGACCUGCUUCAGUGAACACUGCAGUUGUCUCCUCUUGCCCAGGGCUCUGCUUUCUACCCCUGUGUCAGAGUACUUGUCUUCUGUAUGCUCACUUGAGCGAGGCUAAAUUUGUCUCAGAGAAGGGUGCCUCAACAUUUUUGGUCCUGCCUGCCUACUACUGGUGAAAAGAAACUGCCCUGUCUUCCUACUCUAACCCCUCUUCAGUUUUCUCCUCCCCAAGUGUUGCUGAUACUGAAAAUUAUGAUGAUAAUCUGUCCCUCAUUUGCAAUAUCUAGAAAUAGAAAAAAUUAUUUUUUCUUUAUUUAUGUAAACAGACAAAGGCUAUUAAGCUCUAUUUGACAAGCAACCAUGAAUAACCAGCAAAUGUUGAUUAUUUUGGUCAGGUUGGCUCGGGAGGUUCUACAUAAAGGUAUAAAAAUGAAAAGUCUCCCAUGUUUUCAGAUUAGCUAAAAGUAAGAGAUAAGUUAGGAACUUAGAUAUGUUUGAAGUUCAUUAAAAAAUUAAAUGCUCACUGCUGUUCAUUUCAGUAAUCACUUGGUGUUGAAAGCAAGGCAGCAUCAAUAUGAUCUCCCCCCCCACCUUUUCCUUUUUGUCUUUAUUUUCUGACAUUGCUAUUUUGCUUUUGUUUUAAUUAGCUACCUACUUGUUUAUUUGUCACCUAGACUGGCCAUAAUUACUUUGAAAAUGGAGAAGAGAAUCAUUCUCAGGAUAAGACUAACUCAUCCAAAACACCAUCAUCCAACAAUGAGGGCACAUGUUAUGCAAAUUCAGCUGUCAGAGAGAGCAAUGGAAAUCUUGGUUUUGACAGUAUCAGUGUGGUCUGACCACAGGUAUGGAAAUUGUGUCUAUUUGUUUAUUUUAUCCCUGCCAAUUAUAUAAGCAUAUCUGAGGGGAGAGUUAGUAUGAAUUUUUAUUACUUUUCUUAAGUUUUUGUAGACUUACAGCUUGUAAUUUGAUUGAACCCUAUGAAAAAAUACAGGGUUUUGGGGCAAGCUUGAAAGUGCUGAAUGAUGCACUCAAUUUCUAGCCAACAAAAAGGGUUAUGUUAUAUCAGUGUUGGAAUGGGUUGGACAGAGAGAUGUAUCUAAUCAGAUUUGAAUUUGUAUUUAAUUUGGCUAAUUUUGGUGUUGUUACUGUUUUGCUUAAAGAGUAACAGUGUGCUUUAUUGUUGUGAUAAUGUUGAUCACGAUGUGUAUUUUGUUCCUGAAUACAUAAAGCCUUUAACUGUGAGAAUUUGAUUCUUCUGAAUCAAUGAUUAAAGAGAAAAACUAGUACAGUAACUUUCAGGCAGUAUAUUGUGAGCACUGCUUGUGAUAAUGCAGUGUAUUUGAAUACUGUGGGAAUCAUGGAGGUCAUAUAUUGAGACAGAAGCCACUCCUCCUGGUUUAAGUAUUAUUAUCUUUCAAAUUUCUUCUCUGUAUUUAUUUGUGUUUGUUUUCAUACUGCAAAUAAAACUUCCUUCUAUCUGAGGAGAAAAUGGAAGUAGGAAGAGAAAGUUUUGAGCUUCUUUAGUCUUUUUCCAUGUGUAGGGAGGAGCAAUACUGUGCAGGGAGGAGCAGUACUGUCCCUUAUUAAAAAAAAAAUAAAAUUAAAAACACAGAAAAAAAAUUCAGAUGUCUUAAGGCAGACUUUUUUUCAUAGUAGAGAUUUUUGGUUUGCCAUCCAUUUUUAUUAGCCAGUUGUGGGGAGCAGAGAGGAGCAAGCAGGACAGCAAGCCAGAGGCAGUCCCUAACAAAGAGGAGAAAAUCUGGGAGUUCUGCAUUAACCCUGCAGGCUCACAGGACAUCUGAUGCACACAGUUUAAAAAUUGUACUUGUCCUCACCAUAGAAAUGUUGUGAAGUGUGGUGGAUACAGAACAUCUUAAAAACUAGAAGAAACAUACUUAAUUAUUAAAAUUACAUGAGCACCAAGAGGGAAUUAGUAUUACAAGUGUCUGUAAGUUUUAUUUUGUAGAUUUAUAAAACAAGUAAAAGAAGCAUCCGCUCUCUGCGGAGACAGAAACAGUGCAGCCAGGAGGACUAGGGAAGUGGUCAUUUCCCUGUGGCAUUGCUGAGGCUGCACCUCGAAUCUUGUGUUCAGUGUUGCGACCCUCACUACAAGAAAGACAUUGAGGUGCUGGAGCGUGUCCAAAGUAGGGCAACAAAGCUGGUGAAAGAGCUGGAGCAUGAGCCCUAUGAGGAGCAGCUGAGGGAGCUGGGAUUGUUUAGCCUGCAGUAAAGAGGCUUGGGGGGACCUUAUCACUCUCUGCAAUUAUCACUCUCUGCAACUGUCCAAAAAGAGGUUGUAGCCAGGUGGGAGUCGGUAUCUCCUUUCCAAUAUUAAGUGACAGGACAAGAGGAAACAGCCUCAAGUUGUGCCAGGGGAGGUUUAGAUUGGAUAUUAGGAGAAAGUUCUUCACAGAGAGGGUUGUCAGUCAUUGGAACAGAUUGCCCAGUGAAGUGGUGGAAUCACCAUCUCUGGAGGUGUUUAAAAGGUGCAUAGAGGUGUUGUUCAGGGAUAUGGAUUAGUGGUGGACUUGGGAGCCUUAGGUUAAUGGUUGGACUCAAUGAUCUUAGAGGUCCAACCUAAUGAUUUUAUGAUAUUGUGUAGCAACAGAAAAGCCAUCAUUGCUCUUGUCCUCCUCCAGUGAGGUUCAAAGGGGCUGGGUCGGGGAGGGCCAUUGUGGCUGAGGUGCUUUGGGGCAGUUAGGGUAAGGACAGUGUGUGUGUUAGAUAAGGAAAGGCGCUCGGAAGAUCUCGCGAUGUCACGGAAAGAUAAGGACCCUCCCCCCGUCUCUCCGGUGGUGACCCCUCCUAACCCCAUUGGCCUCUCACCUUGAACCCUCCGCCCCCCCUCUGACGUAGUAAAGACCCCUUAGACUAUUUAACCCCACAUGCUAAUCCAAUAAACGCCAUUUGCCAUCUACCACAUUGGUGUCAGCGUGUCAGUGGCCCGAGUAGCUCGAGGACGUCGCUCUGCCGUGCUGGCUUUCUGGAACCAGGUCGCCCGCCUUUCUAUCAAAAGGCAACAUUGUGGUGCCGAAAACCCAAGAGGAAAAAACACUCGAGAAUCGGGAUUUUCACCUGGACAGGAGCAGCGGCCAGGGCAGGACAAAGGAUCUGACCCUAGGCGGACGGGACGCCGUCGGACCAGCCAAUGGAAGCCAUGGCGAAGGUAGUAAGUUCGAUUCAUAAACAGUGGGGAAUUGAGUGCAAGCUCAAGGAUUUUGAACUUGCUAUGGCAAGGUUAUUAGAGCUUGGGGUUGUCGAACGACCAGUAGAUGUAUUACAUUCGGAGGUUUGGGGGAGGUGCACGGUUGCCCUGGCCGAAGAUACUAAAUCCACGGGCAGCGCUAAAAGCCUCAAGGCGUGGGGAAAGGUAGAGCAGGCUCUACGCAAGGCGAUGGAGGAACAAGAGACCUGGAGCGCCGCGCGCGUGUGCUUGCUAGCUACCCCCAAGGUGGGGGUGGGAGCUACAACGCAAACGGCAUCCGAAAAUGAUUUGUCCGAGGGUGGGGAACCGCGGGAGCCAGGCAUGCUUCCCCCCUCCUGGAGCCCGAGUCCAAACCCCCUGGGGCCCUCCGGGAACCCCCCGGCCCCCCGGCCGAAGCCGCCGGCCUCCCCCUAGCCCACGGAACCUUCCCGAAAAUCCACGGGUCCCCAAUGCGUCUCUUCGCCGUCAGCCGGCAUUUCGGUGCCUGAGAUGCGGCAGCGCGCGCAGAUUUUCUGGGAGGGAUUGGCGAGCAAGGCCAGAGACGCCAAGCACGUGGCACGGGAGAACACGCGGGCGGCACCGCCGCCAUACGCGUUUGAAACUCACACCGGCAGCCGCGGGGAAGGGCGGGGUCUGGAUGUUCUUGGUGGGGAAAGCCCGGAGCCGCGGAUGUUCGCCGACACGCAUGCGCGGGGGAAAGACGGGGAAGAGAGAGAGGAGCACGUGCUCAGACAAGAGCCGCGGGCUUUUGCUGGCGCGUAGAGCGGCAGGAAGGGGGGGGAGUGCAUGCUUGGAGUGGCGCCGCGGAUUUCCGCGGCCACGUGCGCGUGGGACAGUGGCGGAGAGCGCAUGCGCGGUUCGGAGAGGCAGCUCUCCGCAGAGCCCUAUGCACGGGACAGCGGCGGGGAGCGAGCGCUCGGCUCAGAACUGCAGGCUUUCGCAGACGUGUAUGCACAGGGGAGCGGCGGGGAGCGAGCGCUCGCCUCGGAACCGCGGGCUUUCUCAAACGCGCACGCGCAGAACAGUGGCAGGGAGAACACGCCCUGCCAAGAGCUGCGUUUAACACUGCCACCAUUUAAGGGAGAGACCUCCCCCCGCGGGAGGCAGGACGAGCCCAGGGGACGGGAGCGGCGCCACCCCCGAGGGGAGGGGCGGGGCUGGAGCCGCACAAAAUGGCACCCGAACCUGGAAGUGCGCUGGCAGUCCGCUUCCGACUCUCAGUCGGACACCACCAGCGGCAGCAGUUCGGGAGAACUGUCAGACACUGACUGGGAUUUAGAGACAGAGAGGCUAGCAAGGUCUAGAGCAAAACCUAAUAAAACCUUAAGCCACUCCAGAAGGGGUUCAAAAUACGAGCCAGCCCAGUUCACUGAUGGGGGAAAAAUAAAAAUAGCUUGUGCCGAAUGGGCACCGGCGGCCGCAGUGAAAGCCUUCCCAGUAAGGGUUACCGGGCCGGAGGGUAACCAGCAAAAAAACAUAUACACCGGUAAACCCCAAAGACAUACAAACAAUUGUAAAAGCAAUCUCAGAAAAAGGGUUGAAUUCAGCCAUGGUUUCCACCCUGGUGGAUGGCCUUUUUGGCAAGUCUGAUUUGCUCCCUUUUGAUGUUAAACAGAUAGGACGUAUGAUAUUUGAUGGGGCAGGAAUGAUUGUGUUCAGACAAGAGUGGAAGGACAAUUGUACAAAUUUACUGGCUCAGUCUUCUGGAGCAGGGCAGCCACUGCACGACUCCAGCCUAUCCAGGUUGAUGGGAAAACAUGACGACAUGAUAACCCCUCAGCAACAAGCCGCGAACAUGCAGGCUGAGGAGGUCAGAGCCACCACCCAGGCUGCCCGGGAGGCCAUUCGAGCUGCAUCCCGAGUGGUGGUCAGGCCCUCUCCAUGGUCCACCAUAAAACAGGGUGAAAGCGAAAGCUUCACUCAUUUUGUGGAUCACCUUCAGGCAGCGGCGCAUUCGUCUACCCUGCCCCCAGAGGCGAAAGGCCCCGUAGUAGCUGAUUGCCUGCGGCAACAAUGUAACUCAAUUACCAAAGACAUUCUGCGCUCCUUGCCGGCUGGAGCCAGCCUGGCCGACAUGAUUAAACAUGUAGUAAAAGAGGAGCAACUGACACCCACUCAGGCAGCCGUCCGCACCUUAACCAGUGCGAUGGCAUGUUUCAAAUGUGGCCAGGCAGGCCACAUUGUGGUGAGCUGUCCCCAGCCAGCACAGCCAUCCCCGGCGGUGCCCCCGCUCCAAGCCCGUGCGAGAGGGCCCUGCUGGGGCUGUGGGAAGAAGGGGCACCUUGCCAAAGACUGCAGGUCCCGGCCUCAGGGAAACGGGAAAGGGAGGGGGCGUGCGGGCCGCACCCAGCCUCCUCCCGCUGCGAAUGCGAGGCGGCCCAUCUAUGCCAACCCCCAGUGGGGCAGGGAACCCUCAUACCCCAUGCCCCCACAGGGGACAGCCGGUUUUGCACCCCCCACAGCGACACAAUGGUAAGGUUUCACAACACCGCCAGCGGCGCCCUCGUGUCCACCACCGCCGCAGGCCGCACCUGUGGCACAGGGCCAGCAGGAGUCGCCCCAGAGCGGGACCCCUGGGUGGCCCUGGCCAUGAAAAUCGGGAAGGAGCCCCUGGUGAUUUGGGGAACAUGCCGCCUUUAUGGCAGCCGGGACCCCCAUGUCAUAGGGCUUCAGUUUUGGGGGGACAGGGGGUCUGACUGUUCAAUAAUCCCGCAAGUAUACUGGCCCCGGCAUUGGCAAUUUAAAGAAGUACCCCCAUUGAACGGAGUGAGAGGGCAGACCCGGGCGUGGAGAAGCACCCAGUUGGUAGCUAUAACACUCCACACAGAAAAAGGACCAGAACAAACUGUGGCAAUCUACCCCUACAUUUUGCAAAAUUCACC